UAAAGCUUUGACACUCAAAGUGCAGUGAAAACAUGGCGGCGCCCAUGACUUGGAAAAGAAUUCUGUUCUCUGCGUAUACUCCUGCUUUCUCUUGGGUUUUUACGAGGGUGACAGAUCGCUUUUUCAGGACACAUGAGCGGAGGAGAGGGUCCACUGUGCUGCUCUUGGCCCCUCUCCUGGCAGAGGCGGACUCAGCCCCCCUGGCCUCCUCCAGACCUCCAGGCUUCACUGGUGCCGAGGGCCUCCACUCUCGGUUCCAGUGGAUUGCUAAUUAUGUACCUGCUUUCAGGGUCCCUGGGGGCCGCAUACGCAUCCUCCACUCACCUGAUGAGUUUUAUCAGACUAUGAAGGCUCGUAUCAAGACAGCCAAGAGUCGUGUGGUAAUGGCCUCACUGUAUUUGGGCACAGGACCACUAGAGCAAGACCUCGUUGAUUGCAUGGAAGAGGCAUUAGAGCGCUCACAGGAAGAUCGUGUACCUGAUCUCAAAGUGUCUUUUUUGCUGGAUUAUACCAGAGGCUCAAGAGGUAAGCACAAUUCGCGCACAAUGUUACUGUCGCUGCUCCAGCGUUUUCCUGAGCAAAUGAGAGUGUCCCUGUACCACACACCUGACCUGCGGGGGCUGCUGCGUCUUCUGGUUCCCGAACGCUUCAAUGAAACCAUCGGAGUGCAGCACAUCAAGGCAUACCUUUUCGACAACAGUCUCAUUAUUAGUGGGGCCAAUCUGAGCGACUCCUACUUCACCAAUCGUCAGGAUCGUUAUGUACUUCUGGAGGACUGCGAGGAAGUGGCUGAUUUCUUUGCUGAACUGGUGGGAGCCGUGGGCGACGUGUCACUGCAGCUCCAACCUGACAACAGUGUGAAUAUGAAGGAGGGAAAGGUGCAUCCCUACAAAGGUAACAGAGCAGAGUUUUCUGCAUCGGCACAGAGACGGAUCAUGGAGGUGGUGAACACGGCCCGUGUCCAGCAGAGCAUGCAGGAGGCAGAAUGUUCAGACGUCCUAGACUCGGACAGAACGGAGCCAAAUGACACUUGGAUCUUUCCACUCGUCCAAAUGAAGCCUCUGGGCAUUCACCUGGAUGAACAAGUAACCCAACGACUGCUCAUAGAGGCAGGUGGAGACUCAGUCGUCUUCCUGACAUCGGGUUACUUCAACCUGACACGCACCUACAUGCAGCUGGUGCUGGGUGCAGCAGCAGACUACCGUAUCCUCCUGGCUUCCCCAGAGGUUAAUGGCUUUUUUGGAGCCAAAGGUGUAGCAGGAGCAAUUCCUGAGGCUUACGUUCACCUCGCCCGACAGUUUUACAAUAAGGUGUGUCAGCUGGGUCAGCAGAGUCGUGUCCACUUGCAUGAAUACCAUCGCCCCAACUGGACAUUUCAUGCUAAAGGCUUGUGGUACUAUGUGGAAGGGAGAGACCUCCCCUGCCUCACUCUCAUUGGCUCCCCAAAUUUCGGCUAUCGCUCCGUGCACAGAGAUCUGGAGGCUCAGAUUGCUAUAGUAACAGAGAACGAGGAACUCCAGAUGCAACUGCAACAGGAGCAGGAGAUGUUGUACCAGAGCUCCACACAGGUGUCAGACUCCACGUUUAAUCAGCCAGACCGCCACGUAAAGCUGUGGGUGCAACUGGUUACUCCACUCAUCAAGAACUUCUUCUAAAGUUCAACAGGCCUGAGGUGACGCAUAUCUCACCGUCUAUGACAGUAAAGUCAGACUUUCCCUGAAGAUGGAUGUACAAAAGCCCAGCUUGCCAGACAGUGGGUUCUGAAGAAUUCACAGUGUCACUCCAGUGGUUCCUUCAACCCAAAUCCCCGUCACACAGCCCAGCUAGAGCUGGCAUGGUCAGACCACAGCAUGAAUCUGACCGUUCCAGUGUUGUCAGCCACAGACUGCUCCGCAGACUUCAGCUGCACUGGCAGUGACCUCCACGAGUCUGUUACAGCUGCUCUUUCUGUCUGCUGGAUCAUUCCUCUCUUGCCUCCAUCUGAUUACUAACAUCCUCUGUCUUACUUGCUAAAUGUCAGGAUUUCGGUUUUCGUUUAAGCUAUAUGAAUUAGCAAAAUGAGGUGGCUUGUACGUAAAUAUAAAAAAUCAAACUAAGCUGAAAGGUCUCAGCCUCUUUUCCUAACACAAAAUCAGCCGAAAGUGUAGUGGAGUUGAAGUAGCUGCCAUUCACAAAGUAUUUUGAUGAUUUCAGCAAUUCAUAUAUAAUGUACAGUGGACACUUGAAUUUUUUUUUUUUUAAGCGUUGUUCAAUUAGACAAUAAAAUAUCAAACCCAAGUGGCUUGUUUAUAAACAGUGUUAGAGUUUUUCUCAGUACUAGCCUGCUUUUCUCAGCCAUUUUUUAAGUGACUUAUAUCUGACUGGUCUUAAGGUCGUUAAACCAAAGACAGUAACUGUAAUGAUGACUAUAGAAUUUGUAUAUUUAUAUGAGAAUAGGGAAGUCCACACCACAACUAUAAUGAUAACGGUAAAAAAGUAGUUUUGAAUUACUUUCAGAACUUUUUUUUUUUUUUUUGACCGCCAAUCAGAAUCUGAUUCUGUUUGAGCAUUUAAAGCGGCAGGCGACAAAACUUUAAUUGUCCUUUGGUGUAGACACAUUAAAGUGUGAUUUGAGGGGCCACUGUAGUAUUCCUGGUCAUGUUAAAAUCCAUUCUACAGAAUUCUGGGUAUAUUAUCUCAAAAGCAGUGCAAAACAGUGGGGGUGUCACUACUUAAAAGAGUGUAUUGUAUUUGUAAAUUUAUCAAAAUAUUAAGGACUUCAUGUAAUAAUGCCAUAAAAUAGCAAAUUAUUGCUUGUAGUCCUACAAGCAGGGUUGUCUGUAGUCAAGGAAAGUUUGUUGACAAUUUCCUUUACUUAGUGCUUACUCUGCCCUCUAGUGAUUUGUAAAAUGCAUUACGAUAAAA